GUUCAUGCUAUCAGGUUGGAGGCUUCCCAGGCGGAAUAUAAGGUGUUGUCACCAGCAACUUUUAUGUGUGUUGCUUGAAUUUCCAGCAUCUGCAGAAUUCCUGUUGUUAGCGUUUUUAAUUUCAUUAACAAUUGUUUUUCACAGAAAUGGCAAUUUUUAAAGAGGAGCUCAAUCCCAAUAAAUUUUAAUUUGAAUAUCAUUUUAUUUUUGUGUAUUAAUAGAUGAACAAAAACUGAUAUGUUGAACCAUUAUGGUCAUGAGCUAAAUAUUAUUUCAGUUCUAGGCACUGAUGGCCAACAGUGAUAAGACAAAACACGCCAUUAAUUUUCAAAUGACGUUUAUCAGUGAAUUUGAUCUAACCAGUUCUCAGGUCCGCAAAGUGACAUGCUCCUUUAUUACUUAGGGUCGGUGAGUAACACGCUUUCCUCCGGGCCGAAGGUUGUGGAUUUCAGUCCAAUACCAUAGAGGGGCAUGAAGGUGGAACUGCAGUGUCAGAGGUUUACCUUGCUGAGAUGUUAAGCUGGGUUCCACCUGUUCUCUCAGGUUGAUAUUUUUAAACAUUGCAUGCUAGCUUGGAGAAGAGCAGGAGCCUUUUCCCGGUGUUUUCAACAGCGUGCCUCAAUCAGCACUACAGAAACAGCUGACUCCGCCUGUCAUGAUCUCCCUGCUUUGAGGUGUUGCUUAUACAUAAACUGCCUGCCUCCUUUACAUUAUUUAAAAAAGAACCAAGUGUCACCACCGUUGUAAUGUAGCUGGAUUGGCAAGGAAAGAGUUUUGUGGAAGUCUCUCUUACAAUGAAAGUAGCACACUGCCAUUUGCACUUGCGGGCACAAACUGACUGAGUCAGGUGCUACUAUAGCCGCACGUGCAAGUCGUGAAUAUAUCCGCAGUGCGUUCAUUGCUCAUUGAUUCUUCUCAAAUUGGCCACGUCAGGAAAUGUCGAGAGGAACACGUUCUGCAGUUCUACCGCAGACACCGAGCUAUCCAGGCGUUCGGCAAAUCAACAAAAUGUGGUUUUAGCACGGAGGUCCGGCCCACCUCUUGCAAACCUACCCCAGCCUCACUCGUCUGUCCCUCAUGGAGAAGCCGGAGGUUCAUUCGAGCCUGUGCAUACCUCGGAACUUCAGUUGCAUAGCCGGUCUUAACGGCAGCUUGGCCGAGGAAUAUGCCGGCUGUGGAGCGGAAGGAGAGCUCGACUGUCACCCCAAAUGUCACCAGCAGGAGAGGAGCCGAGAAGGGUCCAGCAACUGCGGUGGUCAUCCCAGCCCCGGUCAACGCAGGAGGGCCAAGUCGCUGCCAGCCCCGGCCGAUCGAGGAGCCGCCUCUCUGGAGAAAGCCUCUGCCUGCCGGGCCAGGAGGAAGAGUGUCCGCUUUGCAGACUCAUUGGGGUUGGAGUUGACCACCAUCAAGCACUUCUGCGAUGCUGACGUGCCCCAGAUCCCGCACCGAGUUAUGGCUAGGCUGAGGAACGAGCGACCCGAUUGUCUGCUGCCCACCAACAUGAUGGACAUACUAUUGGACAACCCAGCCCACACCCUGGAGCCCACGUUCAGCAACCCCGUCAGCUGUCCCGGCUUCCUGGAGAGGGUCAGGACGGAUAAGGUGUGUCUGGAGUCCUUCUCCACUGACCAGUUCAGUAUCCUUGGGCUCAUCAGGGUCUCCAAUAUCGCCUUCGAGAAGCAGGUGGUGGUCAGGUAUACCCUCAACCAGUGGACCUCUUUCGUGGACAUCGUAGCCAGCCACAGCUCGCACUCUGCGGACGGCCAGACUGACACUUUCUUCUUUAAAUUGAUCACCCCGCUCUUUCUGGACAUAGGUGGAACUAUGCAGUUCGCCAUCCGCUACUUGGUGGCAGAACAGGAGUUCUGGGACAAUAAUAAAGGUCUCAACUACCAGGUUGUAAGUCACAAGGUUAAAGUCUCCCCUCCCAAGGACUGGGAAAAUGGCUGGAUUCACUUCAUUUGAACGGAAAAGAGGAAACUUUCUUUACCGCGUCUGCAUGGUGGUGUUUGAGAAGUCGCAUCCGGUCCAUCUUGUCUCCUGCAAGGUUUCGGUUUCUGUUUGAAGGUAUUAAGUCGUGGGGACCACUGAAAACUGGAAAUUCUCCUUAACUGCUUCCAUUCAGUGUUGUGGCAGGGAAAGUUGUCAGUCAUUAUAAGCAAUAAGUUGAGUUCAGUUUCCGUUGUGAGGUGGGAGGGUCAGUGUUUUUAUGAUCAGGUAUACACGAAUAGGAAUCACCAACUUACCACGUUAAUUUUUGUUUUCCGUCUCCACGGAGGCUGCCUGCUAAUUACGUCCAGCAUUUCGUGUUUUAAUAAGCUUGAGCAGUAACGGGUGUAAGGGUAACCUGUGAGAUUAACAGCACGAGACUUCUUAACCAGCUACAGGGAGAGGUGACUAAGUUUCAGCAGACUUCCAAACUUGAGCCCUUUAUAUAAAAAAUCCUUUUUUUAAGAAAUGUUUUUUUAAUUUUAUAAGGUGCACUUUGCGUUUCCAAAAUGGCACUUUUACUUGAAUGCUUAAUCAGCGAAUAAUAUAACUAAUUUUGAAGACUUGUACUAUCUUUAGAAAAUGAUGUCUGGACAAUCUUUUCAUCACCUUUGCAAACAUUUCAUAACCCUACAUGCCACUUGCAACAAAUGAAUGCAGUCGUCCUUUGACUCCUACCCAUUCCAAAGGAAAGUUGCACUAUCUGGCAGUUCUCCAAGGAGGAAACCUGGAUAACCUUUCAGAACUGACAAGGGUGCUGAUGGCAGAGGGUGAAUUGCUUAUUAUGGUCUCUGGGAGCUUCCUGCAAAGGGAGUCAGACACAAAUAAUUUCUCUCUGGACCAAGUGUGAUUGAACAUGGUAAGCUCCCAGGGAGUGGUGUUGAAGUGUAAGUAAUUAAAUUGUGUAAGUAUCAUCCUGAGUAUUAUACACUCAGAAAUCUGUUAAGGAUAAAGCCAAAGGAUCUGAUUUCUGAACCAUAUAAAAAUGGUCUGCAAAAGAUAUAAAAUAGUAUGUUUAAAGAUUUCUGUAAUAAUUAAAUAUAUAUGGACAAGUUUUAGAGUUUGUGAAGGUGUAUGUGUGGUGGGGAAGACAAAAAAAAACACUGUGCCCUUUGGCCAAAAGAUAGAUAUCUUUAGAUUUCAUUCAUUGGUUCUUUAGAAUAUAAAUCUUCCGAAGCCCUUGCUUAAACCAUAAGGUAAAGGUGGACAAUUGCAUCAGCAUUAGUAACAUCUCAUGUUGUAGAUUUUAAGUUUGGUCAUGAAAUUGUAUUGCUGCUGAAUCAUGUUGGUGUACAUUGAAGGUGCAGCAAAUUGUUAGGUUUGUGGAGAAUGGCUCAGCUAUUUUAUUUUCACUGUUUACUAUGUGUACAGUCUGCUUGGCAAUAUGAUUAGUGUGUCCAGUUAAAUAUUCUCUGGCAUUUUUGUGAAUGAAAUAUACCUUUAAAAUGAAAGCAGUUUCUUUGCAAUUGAGAUAUAAGGUCUAUAAGCUUUCUUCCAGUUUGGCAUCAGUGUUGCUCUUAAAUGCAAGAAAAUCUGCAGAUGCUGGCAAUCCAUAGCAACGCACACAAAUUGCUGGAGAAACUCCAGCAUUUUGAGAGUGGUCUUAGUUGGCCAGCAAGAGGAUAAGAAGUUUUGCUUGAUGUAGACCAUGGUGGAUAUGACCAAAUUCCAUUUCCCAUUUAUUUACAAGCCAAAAUAUAUGGAAUUCAAUAGGCCAAUGGUUCCUGGUAGAGCAAUUAUAUGUUUCCCUUUUCCCUCGCUCUUUCCCUUUAGCACUGCCAAAUUAUUCUCUCAUGAAAAUCAUAAACAUGAGAUUCUGCAGAUUUUGGAAAUCCAAACGAACAAACACAAAAUGCUAGAGGGACUCAACAAGUCAGGCAGCAUGUAUGGAGAGGAAUAAAGAGCCGAUGUUUUAGUCGAGGAGUCUGCAGAGAAACUGACUAACCUACCAAGUUCCUCCAGCAGUGUGCGUUUCUCUCAAGUGAAUGCUCAUUUCCCAUUUGAAGGUGCUGAUUGAUUCUAUUUCCACCUCAAUACAGGCAGAGUUCCAGAUCAUUAUUGUCUACAUGCUUCAUCGUUUUCCUUGAAUCUUCCAUCAAAAAAAUCUUUGCCACCAGCUGUUAAAUCUGCUUCUUUCUAUCUAAACUGCAAUCUGCUACCCCUUUGAUAAAUCUCAAGUUGUCUUUGCCUUAAACAGAACAAGUCCACCUUCUCCAGUUUAACCCAAUAACAGAAAUUCUUCAUCCUCUAAAGUCAUUAGUACUUUCUGGCCACUCUUCAACUUUUGAGAAGCAUGCAUAUGAUAUGGAAUUUUAAUGCAUUAUCUAGAACUUUCAGUGGGGGGGCAAAGUAUUAGCUGUCCACAUGAUGAUUAGACUUUAUAAAAAUCGAGCUCUGAAGUUUCAAAUAAAACAGAAGUUAGCAGAGUGUAGACCUGUCAGAUAUGAAGAUAUUGAGCUUUAAUCCCAAGAAGGCUCCUGUAUCAAUUUGAGUAGAUAAGUAUGUUCACUGCUACACUUACGAAUAGUUUUUUUUUACUUUUAAUUGCUUUUACACUGUACCUAACAUUUAGAUCAUUUUUAAAAAGUGCAAUGUUACAUUCAUUUUAGCAUGAGCUGGAGGAAGACUGGAGAAACCCACAUUGUUGAUCUUGCAACCGAGAAAGCUGAAAGGUAACAAAGAAUUUAAAUUUCUGAGGGAGGUGUCAGGCGAAACUGCUUCCACUGACAGGCAGGCCAGGGUAAAUAGCUAAAGAAUGUACAAUAAAUUAUCAUAUUUGGAGUGCACAGGCCGAAGGCACACUCAAAGGCAACUUUGGGGGGUGGGAUUGGAUGAGAAAAGAGGUUUUGGGAAGAAUAAUUAAGUGGGACCAAUUCCAUAGUCAUCACAGACAGGAUGAGCCAAAUGACAUCUGUCAUUUGUAUGGCUUAAUUUAUAUGACAUCUGUAAUUUUAACUGCAAUUGAUUUUAAGGAUUGUGUCAGCAUGGACUAUUUCCACAGAGUUGCUUCACUUAAUGUGUUUUUUUUAAAUGGCUUCCUAAAACAAAAAUCCUUUAUUUCAUUAACCAACCAAGGAAAAACAUGUAAGUUAUAUUUGAUUAGACUGGAAUACUAGUAACUCGGUUCAUGCAUUAGUAUUAUUUGGGGAUAGCUCCUAUUGCUGUGCUGCUGCAGAUUAGUGGUAGCUUUAUUUGUGCCGUGAAAUGUAAAGUGUUCAGAUUGUUUGAAGCCUGAGCAGUUUUGAAGGUUAGAAGGGACUCCCUUUUAUUGUCUGUUCAAAGUAAACUGAAUUUACUGGUGUGCCAAUUUUGUGGUAUUGUUCUGCUGAGUAAAGUUCCCAUAAAUUAUUUUGAAAGCAGGUGAAUUUAAGGGAAAUGCCAAUUUCUUUAACAUUAUUUCCAGUGUAUGAGGAAACCUGCAGUAUUGGGCCACACUUAGCCUGUACCCUAAUCUUGUACUCCCUUUUCCUGUGAUUUCCACUUCCCCACUGCUCAACAUCUCCAGGGUACAGGAUUUAGUGUAGAUUGAUCAUUCUUUAAAGUCUGGUCUCGGUGCUUACUGAUAAAUAACCUAAGUGCCUUUGGAUGUCCUGUAGCAAUCAGUUUGAGAUUUAAAGUUUCACAUAGAAGGGAGAUAAACGUUGCCAAUGUUUAGAAGUAGACACUAAAGUUUUUGACAAUGGUUGCAAAGCUUGAAAAUGGAAGACAAUCCAAUGCGUGUGCCAUAUCUAGUAUCUACUGUUUUUUUUAAAGGACACAAACAGGGGCCUUAGAAGUUUUAUUAAUCUCAUUGUAGGCGUGGAUGCAGGAACUGUUCACUUGCACCUCCUCCCCACACUAAAACCUGCCCUGCCAUUUGUUGAUUGCUUUUGAUUCAGUGAAUCUCCAAUCCAUUUUCCUACUUCAUCGCCAUGUGCACUAAACCUUUUACUGUCCGAGUAUUUAACAAGCAGCCUUAAAAAUGAAUGCCUGGGCAUCUGAGAAUGAGAUUUACCACAUUCUACACUCUUUCAGUCCUAAACCCUUUAUCCUGAGGUAACGCCCUCAAUUUUGGACUCCUAACGAGAAAAAAAGUACCUCUUAGCAUCCACCCAGUUAGAGGUCUGCUCCACACAGUUAAAGCCCUAUUAAGCAUGGCUGUAAGUAUAACAUUUCAAAUGUGCUCUUGAUCUGGUUCUGAACUAAACACUAAAUAUGGGUCAAGGGAAUUGACUAAGCAAAUCUUCCUGAACUGAAUAAAGUACUAAGCAAUUUGGUGUGGCAAGACUCAACCCAGCUUCAGCAGUUUUUUUUUCCAGAAUAACCAUUCAACCUGACCCACAUCCAACUUGUAUAGAUGGGGGACUUUGGGUGGCUGAGCUCUAUUCAGAGUUUAAACUAGUCCUAACCAAUUUUUUUUUGUAGCAAUCAAGUGAUAUGGUUUUAGUUACUUAGUAAUGUUACAGUGACUGAAUGGAAAUGUUUAUAAUUUCUAAAACUACUGAAUUGCCCAUUCUCAGUAUAAGCCCUGUGGUCACUUUAUUAAGUACAGGGAGUACCUAAUAAAGUGGCCAUUGAUGGUAUGUUUGUGGUCUUCAGCUGCUGUAGUCCAUCCUUCAAGGUUUGUGUUGUGCACUCAGAGCUACUCUUCUGUACACCACUGUUGCAACGUGUGAUUACUUGAGUUACAGUCACCUUCCUGCCAGCUUGAACCAGUCCGUCCAGCCUCCUCUGAUCUCUGUCCUCAACAAGUCAUUUUCACCCACAGAACUGCUGCUUACUGGAUUUCUUGGGGUUUUUUUGCACCAUUCUCUGUAAACUCUAGAGACGUGUGCAUGAAAAUCCCAGGAGAUCAGCAGUUUCAGAGAACUCAAGCUACCCUUUCUGGCAUCCACAGUCAUUCCACGAUCAAAGUCACUUAGAUCACAUUUCUUCCCCAUACUAAUGGUUGGUCUGAACAAUAUCUGAAUUUCUUGACCAUGUCUGCAUGCUUUUUAACGCAUUGAGUUGAUGGCACAUAAUUGACUGAUUAGAUAUUUGCAUUAACAAGCUAGUGUACCAUAUUAAGUGGCCACUGAGUGUAUCUCCCUUCCUGGUUUAAGGGGAACUGUAGUCCAUCUUUCUCAUGUAUCAAAACAUUGCCAUUUUACCUCUGCUAUUCUUUUCCAUCAAUAGCAGAUGGCUGUUAUUUUGCAUAAUAGAAGAAUCUACCUUGAUUAUCACAGCAACUGUAAAAAAGGCUGAUGAUUGUGAUGCAACUUUAUUACACUGUAACCACAUUUUAAAUCUACUAUAUCUUUUGGUUAAAUAAAUGACUGAGUUACUUCUGUACCAUUAACUUCUUGUUUAGUUUAACCAGUGGAUAGCUAAACCACAUAGAUCAGAAAGAUCCCAGAUUUGAUAUCUCUGGUUUGUGCUAAAAUGUGUUGGAGGUGAUGUGUUUCUGGGAUAUAUCGAAUAAGACCUAUGCCUUUCAUAGUUAAAUAGUUUAAUUCCCUGCUAUCCGAUUUAGGGAAUACCAGCACGCAAUCUUAUUUCCUUAUGAAACUGCAGCCCAACUUUAGUCAAUACAUUGAUGGAGCAGGGAAAUUGGAGAAACUAACCUGGAUUCUAUAAUUAAAAAGAAAAACUCUUUACUUAAAUUUCCAUGCUGUAAUAUAAAAAUCUUGUAAAUCUUUUGCACAUUAGUGUCAUAAAUUUGCAUAUGAUUUUGGCAGUGAACACCACUUAUUCUGAGUAGGUCUGGUACUAUUUAACUGAUUAAUUCAGCAUAAUGAUACAUAAUUUAUGUACUUCAACCUCAUUUAGUUGAAUAACAACCUACACCCAAGUUAUCUAUAUGUCAUGCUUCUGUGAAAGGUACCAAGAUAUUAUAGAGAAUUAUGGAAUCAUAACAUCAUAGAAGGUGAUCAUUGGAGCAGUUAUGUCUACACCAGCUCCUGUCAUGUAGUCCUCUUUGUCUCACUGCCCACCUCCUUCCCCAUGGUCCUGCAAAUUAUUUUCUUCAAGUGCCUAUCCAUUUUUCUUUUGAAACCUCUAACUCUAUUCUAUCAUCCUAACUUAAGUGAGUUCUGAAGCCUAACCAAUUCCUGUGUUGAAAGGAAAUUAUUUUCCUAAAUUCCCCUGUCUUUUGCCCAUUCUUUACAUAUUUACCCUCUCCUUGUCUAACUGAUAAUGGGAAGAUGUUUACUAUAAAAUCUUAAGUAUUCAGUAAGAUUUUUCUUCCACACCUUCUUUACUUUUCAAACAUGUACAUUAAAGUGUUUCUCCUGAUUGUUCAAGUAGUAGACUACAGAAAAUUGUACAUCCAUAAUUAUGGGAGUGCUGUUGACAUGCAAUGGUGGAACGACUUUCAUACAUUCAUGAUUUUGAAGUAUGCUACCAUGGAAGAAAACUAUUCACUAUUGUCAUUUUGGAGUUGCUUUCAGAUAAGACACCAGCUCCUGGGCUUUUGUAGAGCAAAAAGAUGAUAAGAGAGGGCAACCAAGGGGCAACUCCUAUUCUGAAAGAUAUUUUUGGGCCAGUACAUGUGGGAUGGUACUUGAGAACCACAGAGCUCCCUCCAGUAUCUGUAGAUGAAGUGGCAGCAGGGACAGGCUAAAAUAAACACAGACAACAGAUAAGGAAAUCAGUGGAAAGUAAGAUGAGAGAAUAUACAUGAUCUUAACCACUCAUUUAGACAAUUAUUUCUCAUGCUGGGUAUUUAAAAUGUGACUGUGUAAAUGUUUUACUGUGAUAAAUGAUUGUAUUUUUUACAUGGAUAUAAAGAAUUGAAUCUAUUUUUAAAAAAAUUAAACAUCAGCAUAUGUUGUAUUGAAUGCACAAUUUCUGUCAGACUGAAACAUUCAGAAUUCAUUACUAUGUGUGUGUUUUGAAAAUGCAUUCUUUUUGACUCAUUAUUUUAAAAUUUAAGUCACUGUUUACCCAACUACAGUUUGUAUUUUUCCCAUUAUGUAAUGGCAGAGUUGGCUUUCAUUUCCAGAUUCUGACCGAACAAGCUAUAGGACUUAUUGUUAACAUGGACCUAAAGUUUACCUGUAUCAGCAUCCCUUGGUGCAGUUACUAAUUCUUAUCUGUUUUUAUUUUAUUCUGACAGAAUAUCUGAAAUUAAUGGAGUUUUUUGUUUGGAAAAUGGUGAAUUAUCAAUGCCAAGGAAAUGUUAAUGAGUUAUUUUGCACAGACUAGAUUUAUUUGAUAUAGAGCAUUAGGAUCUUCAGGGAGAUUUAUCAGAGGGUUUCCAGAAAACUGUUCUACCGACGUGUAUUAUUUCCUCCUUGAUCUAUUUUCACAAGUUAUUUUGAAUGCACCAGCAUUAUAAACAUGCCCAUUCAGACUGCUAGUAAACUUGUACACUCUCUCUGAUUUGCUGAAUUCAAUUUAUUUUUUGGUAACUUCAAUGUGUCUUCACUUGGAAGGUGUAUUAAGUUUUUCAGCUUUGAGAUACUGUCACUUGUGCAAUAGCAUAUCUGUGAACUAUGCAAUAUUUAAUCUCAAUUGGUUAUUAGAUCUGCCAAAGUAUUUUAGAUGGAUAUAUAUCAAAUUCCUGUUGUUUUUAGACAAUGUCUUCAUUUGGUGUAGUACAUAUUUGAUCUUUGUACAAUUCAGGUGGCUACUAUUUGUUUGUCCCUGUGUCUGCAUGUUGUUUCAUUUUAUGGAGUGAAAACUUGUUAUCAAAAUAAGAUUUAAAAUUAUAUCAAAUGUUUUAUGUCUUGUCAAUUUGAGGGGAGUGAUUUCUGUAUUGAUUUUGGUGUCUGCAAUGUUCAGUUUGUUGCCUGUACUUAAAGCAGUAAAUCUUGGUGAACAAUUGCAUUUUGUUAUGAUCAAUAUAGUUUGAUUACAGAAACCAAACUUGUCCAUUGACUAAUCUAGGACAAGUUGCCUAUAUACAAAAUAGUACUAUUGUAUUUUCUAUUUGUGAACCUUGUAGUGUGGAAACAUUGGUUUAUAUUUUUGUACGAUGAUGUCAAUAAACUUCUGUGUUGCA